AUUAUUUAGCAAGAUUAUCUGAAAGUUUUACCGCUAGUCAGAGUUUACUCUUCAAGACACACGGUUACUUUGUUUGAAGAAAGAAAGAUGUCACCCUUUAAGACAUCAGCUGUGCCAAAGUUGUCCUUCUUAUUCGCACUAUGUGCAUCCUUCGUCUAUGCCGAUUUGUUUGUGCAAUUAAAUGUGAAUCGACCGUUAAACGACGUGAGUGAGAAAUUUGUCAGUUUUACUGUGGAACCAGCUGAUCUGUAUCGGGCGCUCGAUGGACCAAAUAGGAAAACGCUUACACAAAUGGCCACGCUGCUUGGUAGCUCGUAUGUAAAAUUCUCAAAUGAUUACAACUUCAUACCGGAGGAUACAGAAACAAAAUAUAAAAAUCCCACAAAGACAAUUUGGAAGGGUUUCAAUCGCUGGACGAGUGCCGUUAACUGGACUAUGAUUGUGCCUCUGCCGUAUCAAGCUGGCGAUUGGGACCCCAUGGAGUCGCUGAGAAUAUUAAAUAGUUCAUAUCUGACUGGCAUCACCGAUUGCGUUUGGCAGUUGGGCACAGAGUUCGGUUCCAGUGCCUCGGCUUACUUAAACGAUCUAAAUACACUGAACUUGAUGGUGGACACAUUUAAACCAUAUGUUGAUGACUGGGAAUUAACCGGUGCUGAAAUGCCCUCGGCAACUAGUAGUGAAGACGUUAGACGUUUUAUUGAGCACAACAAAAAUAUGCAUGCGGCAUUUAAUUGGCUGCAACCCCCCGAUUCAGCGUUAUCGAACUCCAUGGUCAGCUCAGUCUAUGAGCAUGAUCGAAUUCUGCGAGUGAUGCUCAACGAAAAGGUGCCUGUUUGGUUGAACUUCGAGCCUAAGCAAAGGAGUAAGAAGCUGAAGCUGAGGAGUAGCAGCGGUAGCAAAAUUACAGAAGAGAUCGGCGAUGCGUUACGCUGGGCACAGACGCUGGGCGAAGCGGCAAACUCUGGAUUUGAUGCUAUAUUUCGGCGAAUAGAACAAGAUGACUUGGAGCGUCCCAGUCAAAGCUUCUUUGUGACCAUGCUCUUUAAAAAGGUGAUGGGUUCACGUGUGUUCCCCGCACGUCCCUAUUCCAUUUUCUUGCGCAGCAACAAAUUAUAUACCCACUGUGCAAAUACUGUUUCUGGCGGUUUGGCAUUUAUGAUUGUCAAUCCUGAUGAUGACGAAAAGAAGGUAUCCGUUAGAUCUACAACGAAGCUACCAGGUGAAGAAUAUUGGCAAUAUAUAUUGACAUUUAAGAGGAAUUCCGUCUAUCUAAACAACGAAAAGUUGACUAUAAACUCUACACUCCCGGCGGAAGUCAAAGUGAAGAGUCCAAAUAAGCCCAUACCAUUGAAUGCUCCCGGAAAGUCUGUCAGCUUCUGGAUAUUGCCAAAUACUGAGUUGGAACUUUGUCAGUUCACAGAGAUCGCUGUUGACGAUUUGGCGAGAGAUUCAAUUGAAGAAGAGGAAAAGGUGUUAACGAAACAUGCUUCGUCGUCGGACAAACUUCUCCAGCAACUAAUAGAAGAAACGGCCAUUCCACAUAGCGCACUUUUGCAAAACAGUCACCGUGGUCGCCGUUAUGCCACCUUUGCCAAUCGUGCCACACACGUUGUGCUAAAAGACAAAGAGGAACAAAUUCAAAACUUGGCCAAACUCUUCGAACCGCUUUCGCUCGAAGAGAAGACACCAAAAAAGCGUGAGGAAGCAUUAGAGGAUAGACGAACAGCAGCGCUGAAAUGGAUUAAAGACUUACUCGACGCAGCUAUGCAAGAUCAGGAAGACCUCUCUACAUUGAGACGUAAUACCCGCAGCGUAGAUGACUAUUUUGGUGCCGUCUUUGGUAGGAAGGCCGCAACGCGAAAUACGGCGGUUGUAAAGAAAAUCACGGAAAUUCGAAAACCAGAAAAAAAAUCAAUCAAACCGGCAUAUGAUCCUGAACACUUUAAUGAAGAGGAGUUCUUUAAAAACAUGGGAGUUCAAAGUGAACCUGAAUUGCCGAAUGUACCCGAAGGUGAUGUACAUAUCACCCAUAUAGCUAAUGUGGAGGGAGAUGAUCUUGACGAAUCUAAAGAGCGGCUGAAAAAGAAGGCAGACUCCAUCGAUGUGCAUGGUACUAUUGGUAAGACGGCAAGAAACGAUAUGAAACCACUACGUCUGUUGCCCACAGAGUUUUACGAGGCACUGCCAGUACCUAAACUAGGACAAAGUAAAUCGAAGAAUGCCAAGAAAUGGAAUGCUUUGCUUUUUCCAGAACCCUUCAAAAAGAAAUUAAAUAUGAAUGAAAAGAAAAUUAAAAGCAAUACUCUCGCUGAAACUUCGACCGUCAAUAAUGCGGAUUCCGAUGUAGAAAAAGUUGAUGCCGCACAAUUCCAAGCUGGCGGCCAGCUGGCAGAGGACUUUCUGCUCGCACAAGAGGAGCUCGCACGUGCUUUUCUACGCGAAAACGAACAGAAAGGGCAGACAGAAGGAAAAAGUAGUACGAAGGAAUUAAGUGAAACCAAUGGCGAGACUGACGACGAAAUGCUUGAGAAGAUCAAAUCUCUACGUACCAAAUACAUUGACUAUUUGGCAGAGAAUUUGGAAAACUACUUCAAUGAACGGGGUGGAGUAAGUGCUUUGGAUGUGGGAAAGAGUUUGGAACGUGCGACCACGGAACCGUCUUGGUGGAACUUAAGCCCGUUGCGUAAGCGACGAUCGACACGUGCUUUACAUUACGAUUUGCCCGAAGAUUCUUGGCUUUCCAAUAUGAUCACUAAAGAUGAGGAUCUCAUGCCUUUGGGAAGUGUGGCACCUGAAAAGUUUUUGAGCACUGCGCGACGCGUCUCGAACCGUCAACCGAUGGACGAGAUUGAGGACGAUGAUGAAGGAAAGUCCACUGAUUAUAUGAGAAUAAUGAAAGAUAAGGUCGAUAGGCUUGUCGAUAUCGUGACGCGGCAAGUAAAUGAUUGGUACAACACUUUCACUAAACCUGUGGCUGAGGCGAGGAGCGACAUGGAUGGAAAUAGAUUGAAGUCAAAAAGGGCAAUGAAGAAAUUAUUGUAAAUGAGGAUUUCUGUUGAUAAGCUAAACCGGUGACUUUGGAUUUAAUAUGUUCAAAAUAAUGAGAUAUGACGCGCUGAAGUGAGCACAGAACUACUAACAUUGUUUGUUUGUUUAUGGUGUUAUUUAUGUAUUUACACGUCUUUAAAAUAAAGUGCUGCUUAUCAAAACAACA